AUGUCGAGCAGACGAUGCUGUGAAAAUGCGGAUCCAUUAACAACUCAAGCUCAAGGCGGUCAGGCCUCUGAUACAUCUGUCAUGCGGAGCAACUGCGGAACUUUCAGCAUUCUCGUAGACGCCCAUCCUACCUACCUCCACAACGAAAAUCAAGACUCGAAACCGUUGGAUGGCCGAGGAGGAACCGCUGUGGAAGAGACAGGCAAGGCACCUCGCUAUCUAUAUUAUCGCUUAUACACCAGAGAUGGCUCAAUCAAGUCAAUCAACCCAAUCUACGUCAAUGACCCAUUCACCAGCCGCACUAUCACAAGGCUCAUCACGCCACCGCACACCUCAAUGUCGGUCAAGGAUCAUCUCUGCAAAAUCGAAGGCUUCAAACCAGGAACAGCUUCAACUCUCUUCGAAUCACUUUUAAGCCAGGUCACGCUUGAGGAAUCCACACGCGUCUCACUCAAAAAAAACUCUGGCCCCGGCUUGUCUGAGGACGACCCAAUGGCUUUAGUGGUCAAACUACUGGGUGAUGAACAGCGAGGCCCGCCUACAAAGCCGAGGUCACUCCCCGAUUCUGGACCACACUCUCAUGUCUCUGCAGUUUACUAUCGGAUUUACGACAAGGGUGGUGCGAUAGCUUCCAAAAUGUCUUUUGACCCUGACGACGAGUUCUUGGGUCGAAUUGAUAUGCUCUCUGUUACCCCGCCUCACACGGUUUCUUCCCUCGGGUUUCGUAUUGCGAACGCUGAGGGCAUCGUGAAGAACAAGUUUCAAUUGUUUGAAGAUACGGACGGUGAUCAUCUCAUGAAUGAUGACAAGUAUUUGUCCCUCCUUGAGCAAACAUAUCCAGGAUGCGCCGAGGAUGGACCUAUCACGGUCGUUUGUGUUGAAGUAAUGGAAGAAACGCAAGUGGAGCCUCAAAUGCUAGAGGGGAAGACGGAAGAGGAUACCACAUUUUCGAAGCUGAUGGAAGCAAACACAAUGUGGACCCCCACUGAUGCCAACCUUCCUGUGUGGCUUCCUACAACGAAAAAUGAAAUAUUACACACUGAUGGUGUCAGGACAAAUGCAAUGUACAUUGGUGGGCCAUCAGCGGGCUCUUAUGUUGGCUACAUGGCGAUCAACUCCGCAGGAGAGAUGGGGUUUAUCGCUGAGACUAUGCUAGCUGCCGUCUUUCUGAUUUUGGGUCACGCCCGGCGCAUGUCUUGA